GCAAGCAUUAGAGGGCCAGUUAUUUAAGUAUACUAAUGUCAUGAAAGGAUGGCAAUAUCGAUGGUUUGUUUUAGACCCAGAUUCUGGUUUCUUGGAAUAUUUUGAGAAAGAAGAACACAAGAAACAACGGCCUAGGGGAGCUAUUCAUUUGGCUGCGUCUGUUAUUUCACCAUCAGAUGAAGAUUCUCAAACUUUUACUGUCAAUGCUGCCAAUGGAGAUGUUUAUAGACUGAGAGCAUCAGAUGCUAGGGAAAGACAACAAUGGAUUGAUAGACUUCGCUCUACAUCAGAAUAUCAUACAGCUACCAUAGCACAGCAUUCUGUAGUGCCUACUGGAACACCUGUAUUAGAAGGUACCCCAACAACUAUUAGACCUCAUACUAGUUCUAAUGAGAACCUACAUCAUACCCCAGUCGUUGUUAGCUCGGAUAUAAAGGGUUUCGAUAUCAGAAUAGGUAGCAACAAUAUACGAGCAGCAUUGACAGUGACAAGAGCAAACGAAGCAUUGCUCGCGGGUCAGAUUUCCCUCAAAUUUAACAUGAUUCCACGGGCCGCACGAAAUCAUCCCACUAGGUCCCAUAGAAAAACCAGUAAUAUAGAUCAAUCAGUUUCCCCUGAUACCUUAUUAGAAGCUAAGGAAUAUUUAAUAGAAGUAGAAGAUUAUUCUAGAAGUUUAGAUACAAGAAUUGAGGAUUUACCGAAAUCUGGUGAAUAUUUAACAAGUUUGGAUAAGAACCUGUUGCUAUUGAAAGCAACAUCCAUAGCAACUAUGCAAUGUUUACAUCAGUGUCUUCAAAUCCUUCAAGCUAAACAGGCAUCUACAAAUCAUCAUCACCAUAUACCUCCUACUGCCAUGAUUACACCUCCUAAACAAAGAACAUUUUCAGCCUUACGAAGAACAAGUAGUAUACAUAGUACUCACUCUACAGUAGAAAGUUAUUCAUCUAUAACUUCAGCUCCUUUACAUAGUCCAGAACCAAAACAAGACAAUGUGAUACCAGCAAUAGAACAAAUUAACCAUGAAGAUGAAGUCGAAGAUGAAACAGAGUAUACUGAUUCUGAAUUAAAUGGUGUUGAGGAACAUAAAUCUAUUAUUUUACAUUUAUUAUCACAACUCAAACUAGGCAUGGAUCUCACUAAGGUAGUUUUACCAACAUUUAUAUUAGAAAGAAGAUCUUUAUUAGAAAUGUUUGCUGAUUGUAUGGCACAUCCUGAUAUGUUUUUAAAAAUACCUGAGAAAAGUGAUGCUGAAUCUAGAAUGUUAGCUGUAUUAGAAUGGUAUUUAACAUCAUUUCAUGCUGGUCGACAGGGAUCAGUGGCUAAGAAACCCUACAACCCAAUCAUUGGAGAAACAUUUCACUGUUCAUGGGAAAUACCAGUAGAGAAAACUGAGGAAGAUGCUGAUGAGGUUACUGAUGAUUCAACAGCUAAAUCAACAGAGAGAUUAAUAUAUAGUGCUGAACAAGUCUCACAUCAUCCACCAGUGUCUGCAUUCUAUUUUGAAUGUCCUAGUCGUAAGAUAUGUAUGAAUGCUUCUAUCUGGACUAAAUCUAAAUUUAUGGGAAUGUCAAUUGGUGUGGUCAUGGUUGGCAAAGUGAGGUUACAUCUAUUAGAAUAUGAUGAAGAAUAUAUAUUUAGUUUACCUAGUGCCUAUGCUAGAUCUAUAUUAACUGUACCUUGGGUUGAAAUGGGUGAUAAAAUAACUGUAACAUGUCCACAAAGCAAUGUCACAUCUUCAGUAGUCUUUCAUACAAAGCCUUUCUAUGGUGGUAAAUUACACCGUGUAUCAGCUGAAGUUAAGAAUGGUAAUACAGGAGAUAUUGUGUGUAAAGUACAAGGAGAAUGGAAUGCUAAUCUGGAUUUCAACUAUGCAAAUGGUGAAACAAAAACCAUUGAUGUACAGAAGUUGAAAGUAUGGAAGAAGCGAGUUCGUCCACAAACUUUACAGAAUGAUAAUGAGUCACGUAAACUGUGGCAACAUGUGACUAAAGCUUUAAGCUUAGGUGAUGUUGAAACAGCUACAGAACAUAAACAUUUACUUGAAGACAAACAACGAGAAGGGGAAAGACAUAGAAAAGAAGCAAAUACGGAAUUUCCUACAAAGCUUUUUCAGAAAGUAGAAGACACAUGGGUUUACAAACAACCAUUAACACCAAUUCUACAGAAUUCAAGUUAA